UUGCCGCCUAUCGUGAAGAUACCCGAGAUCUUCGCAGAUAUUGUCAAACGCGUCCCCAAACUCAAGCGAGUUGCGGAACAUGUCAAAGGGCGAAAGAUACGGGUGGCUACCAUGUGCUCCGGCACGGAAUCUCCUCUGCUUGCGCUGGACCUCAUUCAAAAGUCCAUCCACGACCGACACCAUGUCAAACUCGAAAUCGAGCACGUAUUCUCAUGCGAGAUCGAGCCGUUCAAACAAGCGUAUAUAGAACGAAACUUUCGGCCUCCGCUCCUAUUCAGGGACGUUUGCGAGCUCGGUCAAACACACGCCACUACCGCUUACGGUGCUGAGGCACCUGUACCUGGCGAUGUUGAUCUUCUCGUUGCCGGCACGUCUUGCGUAGAUUACUCCAACCUCAAUAACGAGAAGCAAGGCAUCGACGCCGGAGGGGAAUCUGGCCGUACUUUCCAUGGGAUGCUAGACUGGGUGGCCAAUCACCGUCCCCCGUUGGUCAUCCUGGAAAAUGUUUGCGGCGCCCCGUGGCCCAGGGUAGUCCAGAAGUUUGAAACGCUCGGCUACAGCGCGGCUUUCGUCAAGCUGGAUACGAAGCAAUAUUAUAUUCCCCACACGCGUCAGCGCGUCUACCUUCUGGCCGUUAACCAGGAGAACUCCAACAUCCCGGAAGACUGGGCAGAGCGCGUUAAAGAGUUGAAACGACCAGCGACUUCCACCCUUGACGAGUUCCUCCUUCCUUCGGACGACUCGCGAAUCCACCACUUCCGUGAAAAACUGGUACAAGAAGGAAGCUCAAUCCUUGAUAGACGCUCAGGGCGCACUGACUGGGGUCGUUGCGAGUCUCGUCAUCAACGUGCUCGAUUGGAGGAAGGAUUAGGGUCGAAACGGCCCCUUACCAACUGGGAGGAAGGCGGAUUCUGCAGCAUGCCUGAGGAGUAUUGGCACGACUGGGCGCGGAACCAGGUCGAACGUGUUUGGGAUUUGCUAGACAUCAGUCUACUACGCGCAGCUGCCCAAGGAUACGACCCGGCGUAUAAGACGCAAAUCUGGAAUUUAUCGCAGAAUGUGGACCGGGAGAUCGGCGCGAAACGAAUGGGUAUAUGUCCGUGUCUCACCCCGUCGAUGAUUCCUUACAUCACGAACCGCGGUGGACCGAUGGUAGGCUUGGAGGCUCUCGCGAUGCAAGGCUUGCCUACGGACGAGCUCAUCUUAUCCAAAGAAAAGGAAGAUCAACUUGCCGACCUCGCUGGUAACGCCAUGAGCACGACAGUCGUUGGUACAGCCAUAAUCGCCGCGCUGGUGGAGGGCCUUGAGCUUAUCCGCUCUGGAGACGACCACGAAUCAUACGAGGCGAAAGACGCGCGCACGGAUGCAGCGGAUGCAGCAAUGGACUCGAUGGACGUGGAUAUACCGCAGGUUGACUCCCUUCCAGUGGAAGACCACAUCGUUGGUGAUGAUCGGCUCAUCGAGAAGCCGUUGGGGCUCACCAUCGAGAACGACAUGUCGAUUCAGGACGUCCUCCUCCAAGCUCAGCGCAGUAUUCGCCUCUGUCGCUGCGAGGGUCGGGAUGGCAUGACCGAACGCGAUAUUAAACGCUGUCAAAGCUGCAACUCGACCUCAUGUGUGAAGUGUGCCGGGCGGCCAGAACACGAUUUUCAAGCUCUGGAUCUCACAAAGGAAUCCCGUUUAUCCCCCCUUGCAUUCUCCAAGGCGUUCAAAUCUGUACUUCCGAUGUCACUAUCCAUCAAUGGCAUCACGGAAGAGCUACUCGAUAACCUCAAGGACGAGUCCGAGGGUUCGGUUGACGCCAAACUUUGGGCAGGAUGGCGGGCAUCUGUAUUGCGUGCCGUCUCCGAAGAUUACCGUUUCGUUGAACUCAAGCGUCGCGAAAUCUGGAGCGCCAUAUACGAAUCACCCUCGGCUCGCGUGGAGCUCCUCCUAUCUCCCCAUCAGCCACAAUGGCAGCUGUUUGCCAAACCUGAUGUCUCCCUACCGGCUAAAUCACCCAUUCGGACUUUGCUGGAAUCGCCGAUUGCUCGCUUAAUCUGUCGCGAUACAUGGCUGUCCGGCCGAUGGGACAUCGCUUUGCCUCUUAAGACGACCGUUCCGAUCGAGAUAACCGGAACUGGUCCGCAAGUUCCAGCUUGGGAGCAGCUCCUGGGGUUGCAGGCCCCGCAGUUCAAAAACAAGACAGUAUAUGAACAGGUGCGGAUAUCUGUCCCUCUGGAGCAUUCCGGGAAGUUCGACCGCGACAUCUCGGGCGACUAUGAUUUACUCGCUCGUUGUGGCACCGCCAGCAAUGGACUGCACAGGCGACGCGCGAAGGACGGCGAAGAUGCCAAUAUCCCACCCCUUUUCUUGUUGCUAGACCCUACUCGCACCGGGCACUGGGAUGAUGACUGCUUUGUCUUCUCCAUCAGCAAUCGUCGUUACGAAUUUGGCGAGGCCCGUCCCAUAGUUGCACGCUUGGACAAUAAGUGGAGACAAAGCAGCGUGAAAGAUGCUGCGUCGACGGUCAAGUGUACAAUCCCGUGUGUAUGGAAGAGCACUGCAAACGUUAGGCUUCAGGCCUCUGUUGUCGAAAAUGCUCGAUAUGCGGCGCCUUCCCAGGUGCUCGACGUUUCAUCGUCUGCCGAGGCUUGCCAAAGCGCCUGCGCCGUGUUGGUAUGCCGCGUACCUCUGAAAGGCCAAGCAGGUCCAGAGUGGCCUCGAGGCAUGUAUCAGGAAGUCGACAAGGUUCACGAACGGACGAUCUUCAGGUCCAUUGCCUGGCUCCUUGAACGUAUCCGAAGCAUGGGCGACCAUUUCAGUCAGUGGCAACCGUGCGACCUCCCGCCAGAAACGUGCGUUUGCGAACGAUGCGCUCCUUCGCAACCCUCGCUGCGAUGGGUCAAAGUGAAGCAAAAAGUCGUAGCCACGGAGGAUCCUGUACAGGCAGGCGAGCACGAACGACGCCUCAAACACCGACCUUCGCCGUUUGUGACACAGUUGAAGCUCGAUGAGUCCGAAACUGGGAUCGUACGGAUUGGAGUCAACGUCCUGUCGUUGAUCCACCGAGCGAUGUCACGCUUGCCUACCGCAGGUCGAACCGAAACACCGACCGUCUCCUGGCGUAUCGACACGAACUUCGUGCCAGCUGUCAAGCUGAACGUACCGAAAUUCGUUUUAUCCAGCAACAAACAUGACAUCCCUCACGACCAACCCGGAUUCAAAGUGCCGCUCCGCCCCGAACAGCUGCGCUCGUUGGCAUGGAUGCUGCGGCAAGAGGCUGUCGAUUGCCAGCCCUUCGUGGAAGAGGAGAUUUCGGAGUCUGUUCUGGAAGCUUUGGGUUGGCGCGCCGAAGGGCGGGUACAACGGCCUACUCGCGUCCGGGGCGGCGUCCUCGCCGACGAAGUAGGGUACGGCAAAACUGCCAUUACUCUCGGUCUCAUUGACAGCGCGCGGGAGUGUGUCGAAGAAGAGUUCGACACCAUGCCUGAUAUCAAGGGGAAGAUACCCGUCAAGGCUACCCUGGUGAUCGUACCCCCUCAUCUGACGCGGCAAUGGAAGUCGGAGGUGGACAAAUUCAUCAAGCGGAAGAUGAACGUCGUCGUGAUCUCCACAGCGGGCAAUAUCAAUGCUUUGACUAUCAAGGCCGUGAUGAAAGCAGACAUCGUCAUCGUCGCCUCCAACCUUUUCCAUAGCAAUGUUUACUUGGCGAAUUUGGAGGCUUUUGCUGGCGUGGGAGAUCUUCCGAACCAGGACGGGCGUUACUUCGAAGCUCGGCUGGCUGAUAUUAAUGCUGCCUUGGCCAAACAAGUCGAUCUUCUAGUAGACGAGGGUUCGAGCGCAGUCAUGAGAGAGAUUCAGGCGGGUAGGAAAAGAGUUGAUGAAGCCGCUGCCGCCGCCCUUGCGCCAACCAAGCGGCUUGUCGGCAAAGCAUACCGCGAGAAGGCUAAACCAAUCCCUGAUCCGGUUUCCAAGAAUAAACAGAACGGACACCCCACUCCUCGGGAGACCUUGAAACGCGGGCCCACUUCAGGCAAGAUCAUGGAGGUCGUGAUACCAAAACGCCGUAUAUCUUACUUUCAAAGCUCCGAUGGUCCCCCAACGUCCGUCCCUCCGUCUCCAUCCGAGGACGAUGACGAAAGCUCCGAACAUCGUCCUUCAAGAAGACGCGCUGCUACCAGGAAGGCCCCCAUAGUCAUUUCCGAGGAUGAAGCGGACGAUGGGAGCGACUUCGAGGUUGAGCAGAUCGAACGGUCGGAGCCGGAAUCAGAGCCUGUUGUAAGGCCCAGCAAACCUUCAGCUCGCAAGCGGAAAGCGAAACCUGUCAGCGACUCAUCCGAUUACGAGGUGUCUGGCGUCGAAACGUCGUCUGAGUCGGAGGCAGGUGAAGAUUCUGAUUCCGACGUCGUCAUUGUAUCCAAGCCGAGCGGGAAAGCGAAGAUGGUUGCAAAAUCGAAGCAAAAUGCAAAGACAACAAGGUCCGAGCCAUCGAGCGAUGACAAUGUCGAGUCCGAUUCCGACGUUCCGGCGACUAAGAAAACCUCGGGCUCCUCCAAGAAGAAUGUCAAGAAGCGGAAGUCUGUCGACGGAGGCAAAGAGGAACCACCUCCAAAAAAGCAGAAACGCCGAGUUGACAGCGAUCCAUGGAAGCUUGGUUCUAAGGACGUCAAGGAGGACUGGAGGCGGAUGCAAGCCCCUCCCCUCGAGAUGUUCCACUUUGCUCGAAAAGUCGUCGAUGAAUACACUUAUCUUCAAGGCAAAUCGCACUCCCUCAUCACCAAACUUACGGCGGACCGUCUUUGGGUUCUUUCCGGCACACCACCCGUGCACGAUUUCGCAGCGGUCAAAACCAUCGCAGCCUUCUUGAACAUUCAUCUGGGCGUCGACGACGACGGCGAAGGACAAUCAGCUCAGGUGAAGAAGCGGCGUCGUGACCAAACAGCUGCGGAAAAGUUCCAUUCAUUCCGUGAAGUACACACCGUUGAGUGGCAUGCCAAUCGACACCAGUUGGCACAGAUGUUCUUGAAUCAGUUCGUUCGUCAGAAUAUCGCGGAGAUCGAUGAAAUUCCAUUCAGCGUUCAGAAGGAGAAAAUCAUUCUUCCUGCCGCUGAACGCGCCAUUUAUCUCGAAUUAGAACACCACUUGCGUGCCCUGGAUAUGACGAUAAAACGCGGGAAGAAGAACGAGAGCGACCGGGAGAAACGCCUGGCACAAUCCAUGGGUGAAUCGAGUUCUGCCGAGGAAGCGUUGUUGAAAAGAUGCUCGCAUUUCGAGCUUGAGACCAACUACAAGGACAACGCCCCGAAGGCAUGCGAUAUCAUCGUGAAAGAGCGGACCAAACAGCUGGAGGAUUGCAAAGCGGAUCUCCUGAAACAUCUGCAGGAUGCGCUAAAGAUGGAGGCUAAGAUUGGCCGUACUAGCGAGGAGUCUAGUUUCCGCGAAUGGGUGAGGGUGUGCCAAACAGAGGGCGUAGGUGACGCGGACGCUACGGAAACCAUUCUCCAGCUACUGGAGGAAGCGGGGGUGUCGCGUGCGUCGAAGGCAGGAAGCAACCGCCUUGGCGAUGCAAAUUCAACCAAGGCAAAGGCUGCGAAAGGCAAAGGUGGAAAACCUGACGAUGGGCUCUCCAAGGAGGCGAAGGACCGCAUCUGGACUCUCCGUGAGCAUACUCACAACAUUCGUCGACUGGCCAAGGAAUUAGUCGGUCGCGAGCGCUCCCUGCGUUAUUUCAAGGUCGUCCGCGAACUGCAGAAGAAGAUUGUGCCUUUAGACGAGUGCCCUAGAUGCCAUAGGACGGGCAUCCCGAUGUCGGAAGUUGGCGUGUUGUCGACGUGCGGACAUAUGGGCUGCCUCAACUGCGUUACGGACUGCGCAGAUCGAGAGGAGUGUGUUGCCUCCGUAUCAGCCAAGUGCAGAGUACCAGUUCGACGGUUGAACAUCGUGAAAGGCGACACCUUGGGUGUUGACGACGUGCGCGAUGGGCAAGGCAAGCACUACGGCAAGAAGAUUGAACAGAUUCUGGAUCUGUUGAGGAAUCGCAUCCCGAAGGAUGAGCGCGUUCUCAUAUUUGUACAAUUCCCGGACCUGAUGAAGAAAGUUGCCGAAGCGCUAGCCGCCAACAAGGUCAAGUUCUUGGAGAUCAAGGGCACCGCAAUUCAGAAGAGUAAAAAUCUCGAGCUUUUCCAAAAUAACGGGCCGGAGCGCGUCUUGCUCCUCAACGUCAUGGACGAAAGUGCUAGCGGCGCGAACUUGACGGGCGCGAACCAUGCUAUAUUCAUUUCUCCCCUCCUAGCGGAUUCGCAGGAGCAGUACGACGCCUGUGAAACUCAGGCUAUCGGACGACUUAGGCGGUAUGGGCAGACGCAACAUGUCCACAUCUACCGGUUUUUAACCGCAGAUACCAUUGAUAUGGAGAUAUACGAGCAAAGAUCUCAUCGACCAAAGGGGUCAAAAUCUAACCACUGAUAUAAUGUUUGCUGGGAUUCAUGUCGCAUUUGCUUUCGUAGUUAUAUAUCACUCUUGCCCAUCGGUUG